CAUUUUCAUUAAAAACCUGAAAAGGGGGACAAAUGAUGUAUAUGCCAGUGAAUCUUAAUGGUAGAGUACAUGAACGACAAAUGGUAACGGCGGAAGAAAGCGGUCCCCCAAAGCGCUGCAACGCGAGAGAGCCUCCUCUACUUCAAUGCGCAGAGCUGGUGCUACCCUACCUUAACCCUUCAGAACUUGCCAACGUCUCUCUCACCUGCAAAUCUCUUUUCAAACUCUCUCGCACCAUCACCAUCCGCCGUGCCUCCGACGCUUCCAGAACCUUCGAGACCCUUCCGAUUCCGUUUCUCAACACGGUCGAUUCCCACCCAUACGCGCCCUUCCUCUACACGCGCUCCCUCGUUCUCUCCUCCCCACUCUCCCUCCCGCGCCAGCCCUGGGGCUCUUCGGCAGUUUCCCCCUCCGCGCAGUCUCGCCUUCUUCGCGCCGAGUCAGUGGGCUUCGUCGAUGGCGAGGGCCGGGCCAUGUCGGGCUGCGAGUGCGAGGCGUGCGAUGGCGGUGAGUGUCCUUGUGCUGGCCUGGAUGGGCUGGAUGACGUUGGCAGAGAGUGCGGGCCCGGGUGCCGGUGUGGGCCUGAGUGUGGGAACCGGUUGACACGGAAUGGGUUGGCGGUGAGGGUGAAGAUUGUGAGGCAUAGGAGGAAAGGAUGGGGGUUGCAUGCGGAUCAGUUAAUCGCGAAAAGUGAGUUUGUGUUUGAGUAUGCAGGUGAACUCUUGACAACGAAGGAAGCCCAGAGGAGACAUCAAUACUAUGAUGAACUGGCUUCUCAGGGUCGUUUCUCUCCAGCUCUUUUAGUUGUAAGGGAACAUCUUCCUUCUGGAAAGGCAUGUCUGAGAUUAAAUAUCGAUGCGACAAGAUUAGGAAACAUUGCACGAUUUGUAAAUCAUUCAUGUGAUGGUGGUAAUUUAAGCACAAAGCUAGUUAGAAGUUCAGGAGCUUUGUUCCCCCGCCUAUGCUUCUUUGCUUCAAAAGAUAUCCUAGUAGAUGAAGAGCUUACUUUUAGCUAUGGAGAAAUCAGGGAAAGGUCAAAGGGGUUGCCAUGCUUUUGCAAUAGCCCUUCAUGCGUUGGAACGUUGCCCUCUGAGGACACAUAAGAUUUAUGUACAUUGCCAUUUAAGGAGGUGAUUUAUGUUAAAUCAAAGGAAUUUUGAUUUUAGGAAAGGUUAGUUUUUAUAAUUUAUUCAAUAGGUCAUAGUAGGCAUUGCAAAUAUCCUUGUCACAGGUCGAUUAGGUUACCACUAAUAUCUGUAUGUAGUGUGAAUGCUUUAAUGUUCACUUAAGUUUUGGUAGAAGCCCUUAAGUUCAUUUGACUGCUUGCUCGUAGGGUUUAACACCAGAUAUUUUAUCCUUUCUCACGAAGUUCAUGAGAUGAAACUGAAUGGUGUGGUGUUCAAGUGGUGUCUCUUAUCUUGGGUAUGUUGUUCGGGGGUGGGGGUUUGUGGCGUGAUUAAUGAUACAGUAAUGAGGCGAUGCUUCACCCUCAAGUGCUUUUUGAAUUCCUAUGCUUAGAAAACAUGCUUGUCUCAUAAUAAUGAUUUUGUAAAAUCAGUUUUCAAACAUUUAUUAAUUUUAUGAUAAUAGGUUAACCUUCGGAAUUCAUUAUACAGGUUUUAUGUUUCUAAUUUAUUGUAUACAGGAUGAGUUGUAAAGUCCUCCAUUACUAACUUCAUUUGGCUCUUGUUCUU